AGAGCUUGACGACGCUGCACACCACUCCCCACCCCGAGCUGUCCCCCCCCCCCCCCCCCCAUUCCUUCCGCACCAGCUGCUCGCUCGCUCUAGAGUUCCCUCGCGGUCCGGUCCAGAGAGAUCGAGCUCCUGCAGCCAUGGCGGCUCCCCUGCUUCUCCUGCUGCUACUGGCCAUGUUCGCAGGCUCAGAUGCGGCGUUCUGCGUGUGCAAGCCGGGCACCCCCGACGCGAUGCUGCAGAAGGCGAUCGACUACGCCUGCAGCAAGGGCGCCGACUGCGCCCAGACCACGCAGGGCGGGCCGUGCUACGGCAACGGCAACAAGGUGGCCGUCUGCUCCUACAUCUGCAACAGCUACUUCCAGAGCAGGAGCUCCAUGGGCGCCACCUGCGACUUCGGCGGCGUCGCCACCCUCACCGGCACCGACCCCAGCACCGGCACCUGCAAGUUCGCCUCCGGCCCCAGCAGCGUUGGCACCGGCGGCGGCGGCAUGGGCACCGGCGGGGCAGGCGCCGGCACCGGCACCGGCGGCGGCAUGGGCGCCGGCGCGGGCACAGGAGGAGCAGGCACCGGCGCUGGCACUGGAGCGGGCACUGGUGGCAUGGGCGCGGGGACCGGGGCUGGCGCUGGCAUCGGCACUGGAGCAGGCACGGGCACGGGGAUCACGACCCCCGGGAGCAGCGCCCUGAGCCCACCGUUCGGCGGCACGGGCGCGUACGGCCCGGUAGGCCCCGACUACAACGGCGCCGCCGCCCCGAUCGUGGCCGGGCGCCACGUCGCCGCCGCGCUUCUCCUUGCCGCCGCGGCGCCCCUCCUUUUCCGCUGAGCCGCCGGCGCGCGCUGCCAUCCCUUGAAGAGGCAGCAGCGGGUUCCGCGGGCACGCCUGCCGGCGCCGCUUUGGCCGCUGCCGCGCGCGCCUUUCCGGGCCUGCUGGGUUUUGAUCGACCACAAGCCAUCGGUGUGGUAGCCGGAUUGUAGCCACUGGCACGGGCUGCUACCACCAUCCCAACUGACCUCGUGCUGGUGGCCGCCAUGUGGUGCUCUGUACUGGUAGAGAUCUAGGGGAUUCUUUUGUAGUUCCGGACAUACGUGUCGCCGUGUUCGCCCGUCCCUUCUUUUUUUUUCCUUUUUCUGGUUUGUUGCUAUGCCCUGUUAUGUCAUGCUAGGCUGUGUUACUGUACUAUGCUAGUUGUUCGUGGCGGCGGCCACUUUCCAUGCUUGGGGUCUUCACUGGAACACUCUGCAAA